GAUGAUUGCUGCAUAAAUAUUUGAGAAAAAUGACUAAUGAUAAAAUUGCAAAUAUGAGCGCCUGCCAAGAAAUUAUAUCGUCAACUGCUAAGUUGGUGGAUGCUUCCAAAUACAAUCUGCGAUGUAACCGCAAUAUCAGUGAGAAAAUGACAAAGAAGGACUUCAUUUACGAUAUCCGUACGCCUGCACAGACCAUGAGAAAGUUCGAGAUACAGAAACAACCUAUCAUACUACCGAUACAACUACGACGAAAGCAGACCACUAGUUCAAAAAUGCCACAAUACACAGUAAUUUCCGAAAAACUGGACCGCGGUAGUGGUGAUGCGACUGUUGUAAGUAAACAUUAUUUAUGAAAGAGUUUGAUACUUCUAUUUUUUUUCUUACCUGUAUUUCAAUACUAUUUAGUUUAGUAAAAAAUAAGUAAAACUAUUGUUAUUCAAACAUUUCCCCUUUAAUGCAUCGAAAAAAUGUCAUUUAAGGUACAUUUUUUUAAAGCAAAAUAUGAUAAUACAUUUUAUUCUAAUCUUGUUAUGCUGCACUUUUGAUCCUGUUGUUACAUAUUCUCACAUUUCAUUUUGAUUCAUUUUCAUUCUGAAUUUCCAAUUUUUUCUAUCUAUUCUUAAA